UUGGCGGUGCCACUGCUGCACUACGUUUCCCGCCAACAUGGCAAAUAUGUCGGCGCUCGUGUCGUUUCCCGCCAAGCCCCCGCGGCAACCCUGUUACGGCGCAACGAAGUUUUUGUAUGGCGGUAUAUAGAAGAGUGUUUUUCCCGCGGUAUCUCGUUUGUGUUCUACGUUCUAGGCUGGACUUUGGCGCGAAAAGAUGGGGCAGUCGGACGAUAUUGAGGACUCGAUGUACAGCCGGCACCAGGAUCUAUGCCAGAAGCUAAAUAUGGACGCGACUGCCGCGUCCGAAGCUUGGAAAUCCUACGAAACUAUCCGCCAGAACUACACUCUCGAGGGUGACCAGUUGCAUUGGAUAGGAUGUGCAGUAUAUGUAGCUUGUAGAAAGUUUUCUAUACCUACAGUAGGAAGGCCAGGCACAAAUGUAGAAGGCAAUUGCGUAUCUCUGACCCGUCUGUUGCAAUUGUGUAAUCUUCCACUGAUACAGUUCUUUAGCAAAAGCAAAUCAUGGGCAGAUAUGACAAACAUGUCGCAAGACUUCCGUGCCAGAAUAGACAAGCUAGAGGCAAAUUUCUCGGUGUCUAUGCUGAUAUUUAAGAAGUAUCAACCAAUUUUUACCUUUAUAUUCAAAGAUCCACGAGAGGAUACCUCUAGACCAUCUAGAUCCAGAAGACACAAGGCAGUACCUUGUACAUCCACUAGAGUUUUUGAAUUUUGUUGGACACUAUUUAUAUGCAUAAAAGGUGCAAUUCACGAUAUCUCGGAUGAUCUUGUUAGUUCUUAUCAUCUCUUGUUAGUCUGUUGCGAUCUUAUAUAUAGCAAUGCUUUAUUGGCUAACAGGAAAGACCUGCUAAAUCCUAAUUUUCCUGGUUUACCAGCAAAUUUCAAUGAUGAGAAUUAUACUCCACCGCAAACAGCAAACUGUAUUGUUAACUUACUAUGUGAACAUCAUGAUGCAAUCGCUGUUGAGGCUAAAGCUAUAAAGGAAUAUUAUAUGAAGAAUUAUAUUAAUAAAUUAUUUAACGACAGAAUCUUACGUGGUGAUCAGUCAAAUUUUUCUGCUAUACUAGAAGCAUUGAAUUUUGAUAAUAAUAGCAAGGCCAUUAACAAAACUUAUGAGCAACGCAUGCUAAGCGUCGGAGAUUUUGACGAAAGAAUUUUCUUAGCGAAAUGGAGAAGAGUAAGUUUGAUCGAUGUAUCAAAUUCAAAUAUAUUUGGCCAAAACAGUGCUAAGCAUGUCCAGUUUGCUAAUCAUGAAGUUUUACAAGGUCAUGAUGCUAAUGAGAACAUUGGUUCCCCUACUCAGAUGAUAAAUAUUGAUGAUUUCAAUGAGCGAUUGCAGAUAAAGAGAGAACAGUACGCUGGGCAGAUACAAUAUUUGGCUCCUCCUACGCCAUUGACCGGUCGUAAAUAUCUCCGAUCGAAGGACGUAUCUAAUAUAACGCCAGUAACCACAGCAACUCAAAGCGUCAUUAAAUUACAAGCUUUGAUAGCUGGGCAAUCUGCACCGAGCGAAAGUCUAUUACAGAUGCUUAACAAUUGUUCUCAAGAUGUUAAGUCCUCACUCGAGGCAAAAGUUAAACAGAUUGGUGAACUAUUCUGCGCGAACUAUAAUAACAAUGCAAAUAACAUUAACAUAAACGACGAUGCAACAUCCGAUUUUGGAAAGAAGCGUCUUCUUAUGGGACAAACUUUGUUUUACAAGCUUCUCGAAAUGAUUCUAAAUGAUGAGAAGCGCAAAAAGCCAAAUGAUGAUAUAACUAAUCUUCUUUUGAAUGAAGUAUUUAUUCAAUGCCUUUUUGCUUGCUGUCUCGAGAUAGUUAUAUAUUCAUACAAAAGUAACGACAAGAUAUUCCCUUGGAUAUUAAAGGCUUUAAAUCUAGAUGCUUACUAUUUCUAUAAGGUUAUAGAAAUUAUAGUAAGAACCGAGGACCAAUUGUCACGGGAUGUUGUCAAGCACUUAAAUCAAAUCGAGGAAAAAAUUCUCGAAUCCUUGGCUUGGCAGAGCGACAGUCCCUUAUGGCAAACUAUUGAGUCUCUACCCGAUGGUGUACCCAGUUGCGAGGAUGUUUCCUUACCUGGCACUUUAGAAACUGCUGAUCCGAAUGCAUCUGGUCAGCCUGUAUUAAGACGAAUUGCUUUGGAUCGGGAACGUACUCAUAAUGACGUUCAACAGAGUCCGAUUUCAUCAGCUUCGGAAAGAUUUCAGUCUCCUAUCGCAGCAUCUGGUGUAGCAAAAAAGCGAUUAUUUUCUGAGACCAGAGUCACGGGUCAAAGCGUUCUUCGUGUCGGGCAGAGUGUAUUAUCUUCUAAUAGAAUGGUAUUAGAUAAUGGCCAAAGGAUACUUUUGGUACCCGAUCAGCUUACCGUCUCGAGAGUGUCGGGCACGCAAUCAAACAAUACUGCACAAGCAACGAACAGAGAUGCAGCUAGACCCAGAAGGACGGGUUCCGUCGCGCUAUUUUUUCGAAAGUUCUACAAUCUUGCAUGCGUACGCAUGCAAGACUUGUGUAAUUCGUUGGAAAUAUUGGAUAACGACAAGAAAAAGAUUUGGACGAUCUUUGAAUACUCCGUCAAGGAACGUACCGAAUUGAUGAAAGACCGACAUCUCGAUCAAAUCUUAAUGUGUGCAAUUUAUGUAAUAUGUAAAUUGGUUAAGAUGGAGAAGAACUCCUUCACCGAAAUUAUGCGGUGCUAUCGUCUGCAGCCACAGGCAGAAUCACAUAUAUAUAGAUCGGUGCUUAUUGAAAAAGUUCCCAACGAUGGAGAUUCGAAUACGAGCAAUAAUGAAAGAUCGGAGGAUAAUAGUGUGUUGGGAGAGAAUGUAACUCCGCCAACACCAACAAAUAUGGCCGGAACGUCGCAAAACUUUGACGGAGAGAAACGCGGCGACUUAAUCAAAUUCUACAACACAGUGUACGUUCCGCAAGUCAAAGAAUUUGCGAAUAAAUUUGGAUCGGCUCGUGGUAGCGUCAUGAAUCUCUCGUUGAGUCCUUUACCGAAAGGAAAGGCACCUGCUAAUUCUCCAGUAAGGCGUGUCACUAGUAGUAUUAUGACACGCACUCUUAACCCAAGGGCUAUAAGUGCAUCACCGGCACCACAAUUAACUUACUGCUUCAGUCGUAGUCCUGCUAAGGACUUAGAAGCUAUUAAUAAGAUGAUGAUAUCUGUAGAUGCGAAAAAAAGUGUGGGAAAACGAUUACUUGCCGAUGACACUGAUGUAGAAAUGACAGAAGGUCCAUCUCCUAAAAAAACUACAACUUUUGUUGCACGGAAAUUAGAAAAUAUUAUUGGAGAAAGACGAACGCAAAAUCAAUAAGAGAGAUAUAGUAGAAUGACAAUCAUAUUUUACGAAGAUGAAGAGCGUGUUUAAUUUGCUUCUCACUUGCAUAUAAAUUGACUUGCAAAAAACGAAAAAAUCUACGUAAGACGAAAGCCCGUCUUUUAGCUGUAUAGCGUAAAUGUAAAUCAGACAUUCAUUUCUCAGGUAUAGUCAUUUUAGCAAAUUGGGAAGGACCGCGCUAUAUAAGAAUGCUGUAAUUUGUAAUUUUAUUUAGUGUAAAGUCAGAAUUCAAUUUCCAGUAUUCGUUGAGUUCUAUCUUAACAGAGUAGACUUUUUUUUGUUAAUUUAUAAUUUACCAAACUAAACUGUCUUUCACAUCAUAUAAAAUAUAAAGUUGUGUAAUAUAUAUUAUAACUAAAAUUUAUAUAUUACACUUUCUGUGCAUUAUGUUAUUGUUAACAUGGAAAUGUUUUAGAAUCAAUUGAAGAACAUAAAUCUUAUAAUUUGUAAUAUGUCUACUAUUGCUUUUUAAUCAUGAUUAAAUUGUUAUAUAAAAUUAUCUUUACAUAGGAAAAAUACAUGUGCAUCCAUAUGUUAUAUAGUGAGAAUUGGUUUGUCAUAAAAUUGCCGGUGAUUCUGUAGAAACAUUAGCUAGUGAUUCUAUGAAAUUACCAGAGAUUUUUUAAAAUUAUCGAAUCAAUUAUUUUCAACAGAUAUAACAUGUAGAUUUAAAUAGGAAAUUGCAAAAAAAUAUGUUAGUAUUAUUGUGACAAUAAAUCGUAAUUUAUAUUUUA